CUUAUGUGUGUGCGCGCGAGGUGUGAGCGCCUGGAUCUGCGCACGCUGCGAGAGAGCGCGGCGCGCGCAGCCGCUCGUGCCCACCCACGCAGCGCUCACCUGGGCGACGCGACGCGCACCGCCGGGGCACUUCGUGGAUGGCGUGGGGUGACGCGGCUCCCUGUUGCGGAACGUUCAGGAUGAUGAGCGGCGCUCCCAACGUCGUCAGCGAGUGGCUGAAGACCCUCCAGCUGUGCCAGUACCUGGAGUCCUUCUUCGACAACGGCUAUGAUGACCUGGAGGUGUGCAAGCAGAUCGGAGACCCCGACCUGGACGCCAUCGGGGUCUUCAACCCUGACCACAGGAGACGCAUCGGAGACGCGGUGGAGCGUCUCAAGGAGGAGGACAAGGGGACCACCGCUGGGCUCUACUUCACUCUUGAACCUUUGACCACCACCAGCGCUUCAGAUAUGUACACCACCCACAUGGAAAGACACUACGAGAGCAACCUCAGGGGCUCCAAGUCCUGGACGCAGUCCAACAAUGCUGGAGUUGGAAGAUGCCCGGGGUACAUGUCCUCUGAAAGGAGCACGAGGCACGGAAGUUGUAAAGAUCUGGUAGUUUAUCCAAAACUGAAGCUCAAGAUAUUGAUAAGGGACAGACUCAUUAGGGAUGGAAUCAACCUCAGCCAGCCACCUUUCUCCAACAAGGACGGCUCCCUGGGCAACAUUGAUGACCUGGCCCAGGAGUACUCGGAGUACUACAACACCUGCUUCAGUGACGUCUGCGAGAGGAUGGAGGAGCUGCGCAAACGUAGAGUGUCUCAGGACCUGGAGACGGAGAUCCUGGGGUUCAGCAGUGCCGUGUCCACCCCAGAAACCGAAAGGAAGCCGCCUCUUCACAAGUCAAGCUCAGACGAUGGAUCUGGAGGGAAGUGGGACGGUAAGAAGAAGAACAAGUCUUUUUGGCAGAACUUCCGCAAAUCACAGAAAGGAGCUAUGCGGCACAUGUCAAAAGGAGAAGACAUUGGCUACUUGGCCAGCGAGAUCACAAUGAGUGAUGAGGAACGGAUCCAGCUGAUGAUGAUGGUGAAGGAGAGGAUGAUCACUGUGGAAGAGGCCCUGGCACGGCUUAAGGAGUACGAGACGCAAAGCAGGCAGCCCAGCAUCCCGGAUACUGUGGCGUACGCCGAUGGGACCAGUCCUAGUGUAAAGGAGUCCUCAACCUGCAAUUCCCAGGAGCAGUCCGACGAUGAACUGGAUGACUGUGUCAAGUUCAAGCGACUCCACAAGCUGGUCAAUUCCACUCGCAGAGUGAAAAAGAAGCUGAUCAAAGUGGAAGAAGGGAGGAAACCCGGAGCAGAAGGUCACAGUGUUGUCCUUUCGCCUACGUCUGGUGACACUCUGGGUUUCGAGGUGUCCCCGACAUCAGAUGACGUCUCAGUCCUCUACAGCGGGGUGUUGAAGACACCGCCUAAGCCCCCAGAUGACCCCUCUGUCUCCUGGCUGGGUCAACAGGUUUUCCCAGGUGGACCCUCAGAGGGCCUGUCCACCUCUCCUUCGUCCACCAGCCUGGACACCUGGAGCCUGGGUAGAUCGAGCAGCAGUCAGGGCCUCGCACGGCCCUGUGGGGUCAAUACCAGUGGUGACCCAGGGGCUGUGGGCGGAGCCAGGGGCAGCGGAUCCUCCUUCUCGGAAACGGAGGGAGGCUGGAAGGAAGAGUGCAAAGUUUCCCGCUCCCUGACUGAUGGGGAGAUGCGCAAGGCUCUCAGCCCGCUGGCUCAUGGGAGGACCUGUAGUUUUGGAGGAUUUGACCUUUCAAACCGUUCCCUUCAUGUGGUCAGCAGUCAUGAUCCAAGCAAAGAGCGAGACGCUGGUGUUGGAGAUACUGUGAAAUCUCCUUCAACGCCUCGGAUCUCUCUGGGCAAGAAGGUGAAGGAGACAGUCAAAAAACACAUAUCCAAGAAAUACAGCACCAGUGUGUCUGAACAGUCGAGCCCUGAAGGGACAGCCAGCUCUCCCCAGUCUCCGCAGCUCAGCACUAACUCUGUGGAGAAGCCCAGGCUGAAGGCCGUCGGCUCUGUGGAGAGUCUUCGGAGUUCUCUCAGCGGACAGAGCUCCAUGAGUAAGUGUGUGAGCGUGUGUAUGUGUGCCGCGCGCUUUGGCCGCAUUCCCAGAAUGACAGAGGGUCCACUCCUGCGUCUCGUGCUGGUUCCCGCAGGCGGUCAGACGGUGAGCACCACAGACUCGUCAGCCAGUAACAGGGAGAGCGUGAAGUCGGAGGAUGGAGACGAGGAGGAGCUGCCCUACAGGGGGCCGUUCUGCGGGCGAGCGCGCGUGCACACUGACUUCACACCAAGCCCGUAUGACACUGACUCCCUCAAACUCAAGAAAGGGGAUGUCAUCGACAUCAUCAGCAAGCCCCCAAUGGGCACCUGGAUGGGCCUGCUGAACAACAAAGUGGGAACUUUCAAGUUCAUCUAUGUGGACGUCCUGAGUGAGGAGCCGGAAAAGCCCAAGCGGUCGGUGAGGAGGAGGAGGAGGAAGGGCAGGCCACCCAAGCCCACCUCUGUGGAGGAGCUGCUGGAGCGAAUCAAUCUCAAGGAGUACAUGGCCACGUUCCUGUUCAAUGGCUACGAGGAGCUGGACACCUUCAGGCUGCUGGAGGAGGAGGACUUGGAUGAGCUGAACAUCCGAGACCCACGGCACCGGACCGUGCUGCUGACGGCCGUGGAGCUGCUGCAGGAGUAUGACAGCCACAGUGACUCGGACCACCCUGGCCACUCGGGCUCCAAGGAGCAGCUCCUCUUAGAAGGGGAGGACCCGGCAGGCACCUCCCCACGUGACUCCGGCUGCUACGCCAGCAACGAGAACCUCGAGAAUGGAAAGAGCAGAAAGUUGUCCAGGGGGUCCUUGGCAGGUGUCCGAUCGGAAUACCCGACCCUCCCCGUGACCGAAGCCACAAGGCCUGCACAGCAAGCCAAGAAAGAGCCUCGUGUGAACAACCUAUCCUCCAUCAAGUACUUCGCUGAGGGGCGCCACCGUCUGGCAAAGAGUCUGUACAGAAUGAGAACGUCUGUGAGCUGUAGCUACGAAGACCUUAGGAGGCUAUCCCUUGCUGAGGCAUUGUGGGGACGUUCGCACUCCCUUGGAGACUUGCCUCGGGUGGAGGGUUUUGACAUUAAGGAUGUCCAGGGUCUCAGGGCUCCUAAUGGGAAGGCUUCCAUGCCCUGCCCUCUUCAGUCUGUUGUAAAACCGCCAUUAUCGAGCCAUCAGAGCUCCACCCCUAUCCAUUCUAGUCGCCUCCCUUUGUCUUUGGAUCUGCCCAGUAGAUCACCCCUUCCUAGACCCCAGAGCGCUGGGGCUGAGCUGAAUGAGGUGGCCUCGAAGGGGGUGCCACCGCCACGGGUGUACCCCAAAAAGCCACCUGUGCCUCCUCCAGUCCCCAUAAAGAAAUCAAAGGAGCCCCUGACCAAUGGAGUGCGAGCAGCGGCAACGCCCACACGCAGUCCCAACGCGCCUCCCCCGCCGGCGAAGCCGAGCAAAGCGGUCAUCCCCCCUACGUGCCCCUCCGAAGAGACAGACCCAGCUCCAGCCGCGCCUCCGGCCUGGCUCUCGGACCUCCCCGAGUCGGCCUGCCCACAGGUCCGCAGGGCGCGGUCCAUCACUGGGAAGAAGAUCACACACACAAAGACGGCGGACCUGCACUCCCUCCUGGAGGAGAAGCUCACCUCUGAGGGCAUCGACCUCACUGAGGAACCAUACUCUGACAAGCACGGCCGCUGCGGGAUCCCGCCAUCGCUGUUGCAGAGAUACUCCGAGGAGCUGGGCCAGCCUGCGAAGGAGGUGGCCUCUGCCAUGGACCAGAUCCGUGUCAAACUUCUACGCAAGGAGCAUCGCAUGGCUAUUCCCCUGGGCGGUUUGACGGAGCUGUGCAGGAAGUCCGUCUCCCCGGGACACGUCGGGACGGUAGCGGACUGGCUCGUGUCCAUCGGACUGCCCAUGUACAUCCACACCUUCGCGGUGGCAGGGUACAGCAGCCUGGACCAGAUCUCCUCCCUGACCGAGUCGGAAGUGCUGGGGGCAGGGGUUCGAGAAGAGCGCCACGUGCAGCUGUUGCUGGGGGCUGCACAUCUGGUGCACGUCCCAUCCACCCACCAGUAAUGAGGCAGAUGGUGAUAUUCCAGCUAAGGACAAGGGGUUGAAGCCAGAAGGUUCUAGCUUGAAUCCCCAGGGUUGUACCCCUGAACCAAGGUGCCUAAACGUUUUAGUUGGUGUCCAGCUGCAAAAUAGACUUUAUGAAACUGUAAUAUUUUUUUCUCCAAAGUUGCUUGGGGAAAAGAGUCUGCUUUAGUGCAAUAAGGGUGGAUCACUGCACCUGUGCCAUGGACGACUUCACGGUGGCAGGAUAAUACGACUCCAGAGCUGUGAUGUAGGACCCUCACACAGACACACACACACACACAUGAGUGACCGGCAGCAACACAAAGAAGCGCAGCGGCAGGACCAAAGACUGCAAAUGCUGCACCUGUCAUCUGUCAGGACUGCUGCUCCUCUCGGCCCCUUUCCCUCCCGCAGACGUCGGAAUUGAGAUUCCACGGGCUGCCGGGGAUCAGCGGCGCGCCUUUAAAGGACUCUCUAUUCAGUGGCGUUUCCAUUCGAAAGGAAACGGUCUUCGCAUAAAAGACUGAGAGCUGCCUUUGAAGAAGUACAACGGGUUUUUGUACGUGGCUUUUCUACAGAAAUACUUGCGUUUAUUAAUGUUUGCUCAUAUUUGUCGUCAGACACAUCGCCGUCUCUUUCUCUUCCCGCUUUUAACAUUAGGGAGCUGAAGGUUGUAGCUUUGCCAAACCGUUGUUAUUCAGGAAGAAUUGUAAUUAGUUUACCGUUGCUGCUUUUCAAUCAAGAAAAGAGCCAUAUGGUGAAUGGUCAACGUACAGGAGAGUCCUGCAACAAGUCAUAUGUCACUAGUAUUUCAAUAAUCAUAACUGCUUUAAUGCUGUAUUUUUGGAGUACAAAAUGCACAGUGCUAUAUUCGCAAUACAUGUGUUUUCCUGUGUAUGAUUUGAAGGGUAAAACACAAUAUAUUAUACCUUGUAGGACUGAUAGUGAGAGCUCGGCUAUUCAUGGUAUCAGUGAUGCCUCACAGCAUUUUAUACGGGAUUAAAUACAGGUUUCCUGUAAAGUAUGUAAAACAGGUAAAUAUCCAUACAUUUGACCAUUACAACCUCUAGCUACAUAUAUUCCCUGUGGUAUUUUUCUCUUUCAGUUCCGUACUUGUGACAUAAAGUACAUUUUUCACUCCAGUACUGCUAAGUAUAAUGAUGCACAAUUGAAAAUAAGUGACGUGAUUUUAUUAUUUUAAAAAAAAAAAAAAAAAAAAAACCACACACACAGGGCCUGAUUCACUGUAUUGCACAAUGAAUGUUUUAAAGCCAACAAAGAAAAAAACUGCACACUUGAAAUCAAAUAUUCAUUUUUAUAGUGAAUAUAUGAUGAGUAUCUCACCCUGGUAGACUGAGUAGGCUUGCCAGUAAACUAAAUUUAUAUUAAUUUAUAUGAUCAUAUAAAUUCAAAGGAGUCCUAUUUAGCAAUUCCAGACCUUUCAAAUCACAUCAGGAGUCAGAAAGAGUAGAUCCUCUACAGCGUCCCUUUCAUAUCAAGUAAUCCUGAUAAUGCCAGUUUUCUCAACAUAAAAAUUUGAAAUAAUGCAAAUAAAAAUAAAUUCAGAGAAAAAUCUGAGGUGCUUUGUUAAACAACUGUCAGUGAAUGUGUAAAGUUUGAGUUCAUAUUGUUUUUGAACAUACUGGUGAGUGCAUAUCCCCCAAAACUUUCUGCAGCAGUUUGCACUCCAUAGAAAAUAAGUUUUAUUUUUACUUCUAGGUUUCUAUUUUGUAAUUAAGUUUUUAAGUUGUUUCAUCUUCUGAACACUACAAGCUGAAGUUAGCACAUUUCAGAAGUAGAUAACACACAAAAUGAACAGUAAAUGGAAUAGCAAUUUGAAAUUAAUCCUUAAAUGAUCUUAUUGCUGUUGAUACUUAAACAUUUUUACCUGUUUGUAUGAAUUUGAUUAUUCUCAAGAUUUGAAUAUGAAAAGGUGUCACAGGUGUUUCCUUAAUAUUUGAAUUCAUUUGAAUGCCAAAGAUAUCUUACUGAAGCAAUGUCUACAAUCAUGGUUUGUUGUUUCUGUAUUUUUUGUGUUGCCUGGCCAUCUGACCAAAGCUGCGUCAUCCCUGCGUACAGCUAAAUCGGCCCUUCAUUUCUGGCAGCCACAUGAAGUAGCUGCCAAAAAGGCCCUAAAUAUAUCAUCAUAAA